AUGUCCUGGAGCAAAGCUUACAACAAUGCCCUUUGCAUGAGAUGUGGUUUGCAGACGUGCAGCCCACUCCUUCUUGACUUUGGACAAAGAUGGCCUGCACUGGAUGUAUAUAGCCGGCAGCUGCGUGCCUUUCGCUCGUCUUCGCAGCCCAGUCUGAGACCGACCCUAAGUGCAACAGCCGCUUGCAGAUCUCAGGUGCUGCACAGCACCAGGCGUAUUCGGCUGCAGUCGGACGCGAGCAGCGAGCAUUCGUCUAACAAGCCAACGCUGCGGCGGUUGUUGGCACUGCUGUGGCCGGACCGAGUUCUUCUUGGAGUUGCUCUGUGCUUUCUAAUUGGUGCGGCUGUCUCACAGGCAAUGCUCCCUCACUGCUUAUCUGACACUUUGAGAGUGAUCAUUGCUGGUCAAGCAUCUGGCACGCUCGGAGUGAGCACGUUCACCGGGCCUUUGUCAAACUUGUUGCUUGCAGCUUUAGCUGGAGCCUUCUUCUCUUCCCUCCGCGGUGCCUGCUUCAUCGUUAUUGGGGCCAGGGCUUCUGUCCGCCUCCGGAAGCAGCUGUUCAAGUCCUUACUCAAGCAAGACCUUGGCUUCUAUGAUACCACGAAGACUGGAGAGAUCACUUCGCGCCUUACGCAGGACUGCCAGCGAGUCGCCGACCAGGUCUCGUUUAACGUAAAUUUCUUUUCGCGGACUGUGGUGGAGCUGGUCGCCACGCUGUGCUUCAUGCUUUCAUACUCUGCUGAGCUGACCAUGAUUUCUUUUGCCACCGUGCCAGUGGUGGCAUUUCUGUCCAAAAAGGUUGGGCAUUAUAUGCAGAAGUUGUCCGAGGCAACUCAGCAACGGCUUGCUGAUGCUAAUGCCGUGGCCGAAGAAGCAUUAUCCUCCAUCGCCACUGUGCGAACUUUUGGAGGUGAAGCCUGGGAGGAGCAGCGAUUUCAAUGUAACUUGUUGAAAUUCUACGAACUGGAGAGUCGCAGGGCGAAAGUAUACGUGGGAUAUCUCUUCGUCAUUAUGAUAUUACCGCAUUUAGGAAAUUGUCUCGUGUUGUUUCAAAUUGGACGCCUUUGUGUGCAUGGUCUAUCGGCGCCUACAUUGUUGGCUUUCGUCUUCUAUUUGCAGACGCUGAACGGCUGUUUCAAUUCGCUGGCAGACAUCUACACAAACAUAAUGCAAGCACUGGGAUCUGCUACACGAGUGUUUGCGCUGGUGCAUCGCAAACCAAAUAUCACGCAAGCGGCUGCAGAUCCUGGCUCUAGCGCCGUAAAGGUGAAGGGUCACUUGGAACUCCGGAAUGUGUACUUCAGCUACCCAGCACAUCCCGAAAGGCAGGUGUUGAAAGGUCUCUCGCUGCAGUGUGAGCCGGGAAGUGCAGUGGCACUGGUCGGAGCCAGUGGAGGCGGAAAGUCUACCUGCAUAUCCUUGUUUCAACGACUCUACGAGCCUCAGAAAGGAGCCGUUUUCUUGGACCAGCGAGACAUCAUGGACUAUGAUAGCAGCUCGUUCACGGAAGUUGUUUCUGCAGUUAAUCAGGAACCUGUCCUAUUCGGCUGCAGCAUUCGGGAAAAUAUCUUGUACGGUCUUCCAGAAGACCACCCUGCCCGCAGCAAUGACCUGUCACCUGAUGUGGUGCAAGCAGCCUGCUUGGCUAAUGCUCACAGGUUUAUUCAACGAAUGGCAGAUGGUUACGACACCGAGGUGGGGGAACGAGGGGUACAACUAUCUGGAGGACAGAAGCAGCGCAUCGCAAUCGCUCGGGCUCUUGUGCGCAAGCCGCAGGUUCUACUGCUUGAUGAGGCUACUAGCGCACUUGACGCAGAAAGCGAGCUGCAGGUUCAGAUUGCCAUCAACAACUUGGUGGCACAGCAGGACAUGACGGUUGUGAUUGUCGCACACAGGCUAUCAACAGUGCAGCGGGCAGACAAGAUUUGUGUAGUGGAGGGAGGCGUGAUUGUGGAACAAGGACGACAUGCUGAUUUGCUUCAGAAGGCAGAUGGACACUACAAGCGGUUAGUCGACCAGCAGCUCAAACACUGCCACAUCCUCCAGAACGUGAACCUGAGGCCGACGAAGAAAGCCGGACCUUUGUGUUCGGCCCCCGGCCCCGGCCGGCCUACGGCCGCUCGAGAGGAGGCACCGAAGCGCCAGUCCUCUGUGGCCAGCGACCGAUCUCGGAGAGGUGUUGGCGGAAGAAGCCAAAACGAAGGUCGAGGAUUCUCAGCAACCAUCAACUUGGGGAGCUCCAGGCAAUCGCACUCAGAGACUGGUGCCGGCGGCGGUCCCCUUUCAGCGAGACGACGCAAUGGCACAGCAACCCUGUCUGCCACAACCAUCGCCAGCAAGAAUGGCUCAAGCGCAAAUGGCCGAGCAGCAAGUUCAGGCACGGCGACUGCGACAAGGCAGACACGGGCUCGCUCGCAAGAGGUGACUUCUCGCCGCGGCUCGACCGGAGCAGAGCCGAUGGUGUCGAUUAGCCAGCUCAGGCGUAAGAUCACAUUAAUGGUCUCAGUCCGUAUAGUCGAGCGAAUGGUCGCAGCCGAGUGCAUCCACAAGUGA